UAAACCAUCUCAAACGGGAGAUCAGGCUCCGUGUCCUAAAGUUCAUGCCACAUUUCGUAAUGUCUUAUUACUUUAUGGAGGUUUUUUACUCACUGGUCAACACCCCACUGGUGGGCAGGGAGCGGGCUAUUAUUAUGGACGUUAACGAGGUAUUUGGGCACUUCUAUACGAUCUUUGAUGUAUUGCUGACCACUGGAGCCAUGGUCCUGAUCCUCGGCUCACGAAAGGAAGCCAGUGGAGUGACCCUGUUGCUCAUGGGAAGAGUAGUCCACCGACUGUUCUUCUCAAUAUGGACGGUCUUCUUCUAUUUCCUCUUCAACGACAGCUUGGAUGUUGGGUCCCUGUUAAUGCUGAUGGCUGCCAAAAUCGAGAUGAGAGAUCAAAAGGAAUGGCCACAGAUGGCUAAGUGGAAGUAUCAGUUAUUACUGCUAGGAGGAAGAGUUUGCUUGUCCAGUUUGUUUAUAAUGUGGUUGGACGAGGGUUUGGACACUUUUUUCAGCAUCUCGUCAAAGGUUCUUUGGUUCUUCAUAAUCGCGGGCUUUCAAUGCAAACUGUUUGCCUAUCUGACGGUAAUAGCCUUGCUAUACCACGAUGUGUUCAGCAACCAUUGGAGCAUGCUGUGGGGCUGGAACGAUAGGCUCCUCUCGAUACAGUACUUCUCUUUGCUCUUCAGCAAAAUCGGUGGAUUCCUGAUGCUCUCUGAGCUGGGUGGCGGCAAGUGGUCCAUCGAUGGAUUGAGGAACAGGAAAGGCAGCCAGUGGGAGAAGAAAGGCAACUACCGGAUCAUUAAGGACCAGACGUCGGCCUAGUAAAUGUUAUCCAUCCGUUCGAGCCCUAUCUUUUCGUUUCCUUUAACGUUCUGGGGAUUUACAUAAACUUUAAUGGGAAACACUUUUCCAGCGGCUAAUGUUUAUUUUUAUUUGUAUCUCUAUUUGUACACCUGCCCCUCGGCAUCGGAGUGGGCACUCCAAAUGCUCUUUGAUUCGCGCCUCAGCCGACGUAAAUUAUUAAAAAGUCUCGAGUUGCGUUUAAGCGGCUUUCCCUCCACUCUA